AUGAUGUGCGAAAUGGGGAGCGGGAGACGGAAAAAUGCGUCAGAGGGGGAGUGCUUCGGAGGAGAAGAUGCUGGUAGGGCUAAGGAUGUACAAGGAGAAAAUGAAGACCUUUUAGUGCUAGUGGCGUUUGCCGUACCACCGGGUGAUGAAGGCUGGCCACAAACACUGUGGGGAUACAGGCUUGGUGGGGCAGUGAAUAGACUUGGGGGUCGAUCUAAGCUCCAAGGAGGCAAGCAGACUUUGUCGAUACAGAUGGCUGACGAGCUGAAGAAAAUGGGUUUUGUUCCAGACGUGGUGCUGUUCAAAUGGGAUCAUUAUGUUCUACCCAGUCUACGCCAGUUCCUGACGCUGCAUGGUAUUACGGAUGUUCCGCGAGAUUUUGUAGUGCCGACUAGGGAUGAAUCAUAG